AAAAAAUCGUUGAUACUAUUUACGUAGAUAAACAAUGAUGCGGAACUCAGACUUUGGCUUUUAAAAUAAUCAAAAAAGCAUUGGAUUUUUUAAUUUUAUUAAAGUAGGUAGUAGAAGUGAUUUUAUUGCGCCGGUGUUUAACAAUAAACAUCCCUGUUACAACUACAACAUGUACAACAAGUACAACGUCGUACUAUGUAAUCAUUUAUCAUGCUACAAUAAUUAUCUUAACAGAAGAAAGGUGACUUGUGUACCUUAUUGUUCCUGUGAUCACUGAGUCAACUGCUGACUGGAGAAAUAUUCAAGCUGCAUGCACUUAGACUUAGCUUAUUUAACAAUAGUCAUAAACAGAAAAUUGGCUGGGAUGUUACCCACAUGCAUAAUAAAUAUUGUUCUACAAUACCCACCUAGCUACUCCACUCUCCUCUCGGAAUGAAUAGGGUACCUAUUAAAAACAAACUUUAUAAAACAGCGUGAGCAUCAGCUUUGUAUAUAAUUGAACAGUUGUGUAUAUAACGGCACUAAAUAGUUUGCUUGAGCACUAGACAACUAAUUAAAACAGCUUUUACCCACAAUCCCUCAGCCAUGAUGAACCCGCCAAAGUAAUUUCGCAUUCAAUUUAGGUUUGAUGUCGAAGCGUAAAUUUAAACAAUGUAGACAAACGAAUUGUUUAUUACGGCAGAACCUUUCUGCGUCAAGACAAUAGGAUGUAAACUGUAUGUGCCUAAGAAGAACUUGUUUAAUUUACUAACUACUAAAUAUUCCAGGCUCUAGUUUACCACUUUACCGUUCUUUUAUUCUUACACCAUCUGUACCUUAGCUACUGGAAAUGAGGAUUAAACCUGUAACAUGAUGCUUCUACAUCAUCCUCAAUAAAAAAUAAAGCAUACGAAACUUAAAACCAUCUAUUCGCAAUAUUUAAAUUGAAAGACGGCACUCGUGUCUUUACCAUAAAGGGGACCGUGCCCAGGACGGUAUGGUAUACGACGUGGAACUUAUACCUAGGUAUAUCUACCUAGGUAUAAGUUCCACUUAUAUCUAAUAAGUGGAACUUAUACCUAGGUAGAUAUACCUAUAUAUACAUAUGUAUACAUACCUACUUAUUGGAAUAGGUAAGUCUAAAUUACCAGGCAGACAUACCAGCUGACGGUAAGCAAUCAAUACUGCCCAUGGGCACCCAAAUAACUUACAACACCUACCACCAGUUCACGCCGGUCUUCUUUGAGGCCGUGGCCAUUCCUGCUUAAACAUGACUCUCCCAUGACUACGAAUAAAAGCCAAUCCUGCUAGACCUGAUGAUGACCAAUAUCUGCUACACCUCCUCCGCCUUCACUAACCACUGACGUCGACACUGGCUAUUGUCUAGCAUGAGCCCGAAAGUUUCCUCUUGGAUGUGGAGGACUCGUGGAAGGUUGGAUCUAAUUUCCAUAAACACAAAACUCUUUAGUAAGUAAGUAGAGUUGCCAUUUUUGGAUAAAACUUAAUACAUCAUUUCAUGUCAUCUUUGACAUUAUGUGUUAUGUAAUGUAAUCUUGAAUAUUUUUAUACAAUUUCCUUUUUAUAACGUUUUUUAAUACUGUUUUAUAGAUUCAUUUACUUUAUACGGUUUUUUUUAUUUUUAAUAAAUAUGAGUCCCGCUUCAACUCGAAAUGUUCCUUCGAACGACAAGUUUCAAUUAACAGACAGUGAUUUGGAAGGUUGUUUGGUCGAAAUAUUCAAGAGAUUUAGAUGUCCUGUUGGUGUGACUGUUGAUGAAUAUCAACAACGGGGCAAGAGUGCAUCAGGAAAUAUAGUCUACAUAGUGAAACGCAAGCAAACAACAGUCACUCCGGCGACGCUGCACACGGUAUCAAUAGUAAUGGAGCAUACACAGAAAGAACCUAAACAUAUCUAUUUAGCAAUGAAAGCUGUGUAUGAUGUCCAACACCAUCUUGUAGAAUUAAUGAUCACUAACUCCCAAGAGGUGAUGGUACCGAGAAUGAUCAUUCAAGUCUUAUCCAACAUAAUCGCUAACUACCCACUGUUAACCAAGUUUGAAAUUAAAAACUGUUACAUCGAUCAUAAUAUUGUGCACGACUUUAAAAGUAUGCUUCUUUAUUCUGCCAUCACUGAUGUAUGUUUAGAUGACUGUAAACUAAACAAUGCCAACUACGAAGUCAUAUUAAAAGCCCCAACAAUUGUUAAGAAUCUAUCACUAUGCAGAUGUAACAUAAGCGAUCCAGAAUGCAAAGAGAUAGCCGCAAUGUUACGCUAUACAGAACUUGCCGAGAAUCAUUUAGUCACGUUGAAUCUAACGUCUAACAAAAUAGGGGAUGAAGGUGCAAAAUAUUUGGCAGACGCCCUAAGAACUAAUAGACAUUUGCGAUAUUUGAAUUUAGCUGAUAAUGUUAUCGGCGACGAAGGUGCAAUCUGCAUAUUUCGCCAUUUGUUAGAAUUCCCGCUAACUCACGACGAAAACGUGGAAAGGCGACGACGAUACAUCUUAUACUUGAAAAAGAAGCAAGAAAUAUACGCAGAAUGUAUUAACAAACUUAACACUACAACACUAACAACUAACAUAUUAAAACGAGAGAAAUCUAAACGAAAAUUAAUGUCACAUACAACACUUUCAUCCAGAGAAGGCUCUUACCAAUCUCACAAUAGACAUAAAACAGUUGUAAAAAAAAUAAAACACGUCACACAAGACAAUACCUGGCAGAAUAUAAAGGCAGAGAUGAUGGCCAAAGAUAUACUGGGACCAUUUGAGGAUCCAUUUGGAACUACGAGUUUUAAGAUUAUUGACGACUACCCAUUCUGUAUAGGUAACUUGACACUGAGUUAUCUGAAUUUGGCGUAUAACAACUUGACAUACCAAAGUUUAAAAAUACUACUCAAUGUCGUUGAGCACCAAAUGAUUUAUAGUACUCAGAAGUUAUGUGGCCUCAUGAAAGUUAUUUUAGAUGGGAAUCCUUUACCAGUCAAAUGUGAGGAACUUUCAACUAUUCAGCAAAUAUUAAAAGAACAUGUCAACUCUAUCACAAAUAAACUAAAAAAUAGAACAGCAGAUGAUUGAUAAUUCUUGUUCCUUAUUUACGAUUAUGUAACAUUUUUAUGCAAUUUAUGUUUCUAGCAUUUACUUGAUAAUAAAGUGAGUGGAAAGGGAAAAAUCCUUUAUUUAUCAAAACAUCAAAACAAAACUCUCAACAUACAAAUGUUUUAGAAAAAAUACUGUACUGAGCCCAUAGAAUAACCUCCCAUCACAAAUGUAUACCUCCAACUCCUCAGAUGGUAACAGGGGUGCUGGGAGUACCUCAUUUUCAAACCA